CAUGAAUGCACGCACGGCAGCCAAGCGGCAAGAGCAAGGGUUCAAUGUGGAGAGACCCUCUGAGUCGAGAAGGACUUGUCUUUGCCUUGAUCAUCCAGAGGCAGCAUGAGCGACACCAAGCAUUUUGAUUCAGAGGGCGUCGUACACGAGAAAGGGCGCCACGGCGAAGCUUUCAAUGCUGAGCCGUCGAUCCCCAAUCUCACAUCACAAGGCGUCACAAGCCAGGAACAGCUCUUUCGUCGCAAUCACGACGACAUCGUCUACGCGGAGCCAGACGUGCCAGCCACGAAGGAAGAGUGGACCCUGGAUGUCAUCGUGGACGCGGAUGUUGCUCAGGAGCAAGGCUGGAAAGAGUGGACCACGGGGACGAAGGGCAGCGAGUUCAGCCAGGAUGAUGGGGACGACGAUGCUACGAUUGCACGAUCGAAAGCGGAGAAUAUAUCUCUGAGCAAGCUCAAGUCCUUCUACCCCAACCGAAGCGUUCUCUCAGCAAUGGAGUGCGCAGGGAAUCGUCGCAGCGAGAUGGAGGCACGCAAGAGCAACCCAGCAUCAGUGGAAGGUCUGCAAUGGAAGCAAGGAGCGAUAGGCAACGCACAAUGGCAAGGAGCUUCCCUGCGCGAGGUGCUCCUCUCCCUGGGCAUCGCAGAUCCCUACGAUCACCUGACACCCGAGGAAUCCGCCCGCUUGCCGCCAACUGUGGACUCAAUGCAGACACGUAGCGCUCCCUGGUCACGCCAUCUCUUCGUGCACUUCCUUUCCUCGCAGCCAAGCAGCGAGUCUACCAAACCACAGGGGCAAGUGUACGGCUCCUCUAUCCCUCUCAGUACGGCGAUGCAUCCAAACCAGGAUGUCCUGCUAUGUUGGUCUGUCAACAACGUUGACCUAGGUCCCGCACACGGCUAUCCACUCCGUGCGGUCAUUCCUGGCCAUGUAGCCGCGCGCUGGGUGAAAUGGUUGAGUGGAAUCAGAGUGAGCAAGAGAGAGAACGACAGUCCGGCUAUGCGAGAUGAUUAUAAGAUCUUGACGCCGCCCAAAGAGGUCAGAGAGCGUGGAGAGGAAAAAGAGUGGGCGGAGAGUGUCACGGGUGAAAAUCAAGAUCCCGACAAGAGAAUGAAGGAGUUGCACGCCUUACCCGCUAUGAUGCGGUUAGGGGUCGGGUCAGGCGUGGGAGAGCCGGUCGAGAGGGAUGGCGGUACUGUGGUUAGUGUGAAUGGGGAGGGAAUGUGGAAGGCGGAGGGGUACGCAGUGGGGACUGAAGGUGAGCGCAAUGGCGAGAUGGGGAUCUUCGACAUUCACUAACACGUCUGUCGCCAUCGCAGGCUCCCCGGUGACUCUCGUCGAGCUUGUCAUCCUCCCUUACUCUGGCAAAGACGACGACGAGUCCUCCUCUCUCGAAAGUCUUCGUCAAGCUGCCUCGCAAGUCCCACGGGAGAAGUGGAG